UCAGUACCUACUCCAUCGCGUCGCGUGUCGUUUGGCCCGCAUAUCAUUACCGCAAAUUAUCAGUCAAACCUUCCGGAGUGAAAACCAGUGUUCUGUUAUAAUAACUUCGCGAUGCUUCGCCCGUUUUUGGAUGCUUUUUGGAACGAAGACGUGUGGUUGCCGCCCAACACUACGUGGGCAGAUAUAGCGCCGGGCCCAGACAAAACGGUCACCUAUACCGACCAUCGGCAUGUUUUUCUUCCGAUCCCCAUGGCCCUGGUGUUUAUAGCGCUACGCUUCGUCUUAGAGAAAUAUGUGUUUGCUCCGUUUGGCAAGUCACUAGGCAUUAAGGAUGGUAGAAAUAAGAAGGCCGCACCCAACCCGAAAUUGGAAGCCGCCUAUAGGGCCAACCCUGCUUCGAAAAAGCUGGCAGCCCUAGCGAAGCAGACCGAUAUGUCGGAGCGGCAGGUCGAGCGCUGGUGGCGCCUCCGUCGGUCCCAGGACAAGCCCUCCACGCUAGUCAAGUUCUGCGAGAACGCGUGGAAGUGCUCCUUCUAUGUCUGCAACUUUAUCUUCGGGAUAGUCAUACUGUGGAACAAGAAAUGGCUGUGGGAUAUAAACCAUGCUUAUAUAGGAUAUCCUCACCAGGGUCUAACGAACGACGUGUGGUGGUACUACAUGAUUUCCUCAGCCUUCUACUGGUCGCUCACCAUAUCGCAGUUCCACGACGUGAAACGGAAGGAUUUCUGGCAGAUGUUCGUCCAUCACCUGGCCACCAUCAUGCUGUUAUCAUUCAGCUGGAUCUGCAAUCUGCACAGGAUAGGGACGCUAGUCCUGUUGGUGCAUGAUUGUGCCGAUAUAUUUGUUGAAGCGGUGAAGGCCACCAAAUACGCGAACUAUCAGAGGACGUGCGACACGCUGUUUCUGGGGCUCAUCGUCACCUGGAUCACCACGAGGAUCUUCAUCUACCCCUACUACAUUAUCUGGAGCACGCUUAUUCGAGCGCCGAUGCUCCUACCCAUGUUCCCGGCCUACUAUAUCUUCAACUCGCUGCUCUGCCUACUGCUGGUGCUGCACGUGGUGUGGACGUGGCUUAUACUGCAGAUCGCAUACAAGGCCAUAUAUGCUGGAAAGAUGGACGGCGACAUCCGCAGCAGUUCAGAUGAGCUGAGCGACAGUUCCAACCGCUCCAACGGGACGGCGCGACCACACAAAGACUAAUAAUCCGAGGAACGCGCUGCAAACCAGGAAACACUGGACUGAAUAUUGUGUACAGUUUCAUUUCACUCCUAUUAUAUUAAGUACUGGCCUUGCCGCUCAUUUACUUGUAAAUCUAUUUAGAUUUCAAACCGGCAAUCUAUUCAAAAACUUUUGAAAAAACGCUUCCACCUGUAUUAAGUUACAUUUCAUUAAAUAGGCCUGUGCUAGAAUAAAUGCGUUCAGCUAAGUGGAAUAAAUCAAAUAAAUAAAAGGUACUGCCUUUAAGGCAGUGAUUCAAUUUUCCAAAGUUCCACCUAAAUGCUGGUGGGAAACGUGUUAAAAAUAGUAUGAAAGUAUUGAAAAAAUGAUUCGAUUAAUCGUUAAACCUGUUAUUUACAACAGAAAAAUAGAAUAAUUAGAAGAUUUGAAACAUCGAUUAGUUUGCUUUCAAUUCUCAUUACAAAUUAGAAGUACCUAUUAAAAGAGUAAGCAAUAUUCCACUACAAAUGCUUCCUUAUUACAACAUUUUUUGCCUCGGCUUUAACUAUUUUAUUGCUAAAUGUAAUAUUUUGCGACACACAUCUACUUAUAUUGCAGAGAUGCAUAAAAAUAAUUUGUAAUACCUACUACAACUAAAUGUUGUAUGUAUAGAAAAUUAUGUGCACUAAUAGAACAUUGUCACAAUGACAAGUAUAAUAGUUAUUUUGUAACAUUCUACGUUCUUUAUAGAGAACGUUUUCUCGUGUCUUUCCAGAUGAAUGAGAUAAGUUAUUAUAGAACCAUUAUGAUGAAAUUUAACCCUUUGAACGCCACGCCUAGUGCGGCGCGUGAUUGUGAACCUUGUCGGAAUGCACGAAGGUUGACAUUGGGCUGGCCGCGCGCGUCAGUUGACGUCUUUGACGAUCAAAGUGUUAAUAAAAGAGAUAACUGAAACUAUCAAUACUAUUCGUAAAAUAACUACAAGACCACGGUUCUUUAUGUACCAGUUUUGGAUGCUUUUAAACCACUCCGUAGACACUUCCACGAUUUUUUUAAACAUGUACCGAUUUAGUCUAAAAAUGGUUUUCGAAAUGAAUUUUUAGGACACGUAGUGUAUACUUGAGAGUAUAGUUUUGUACAGUUAUGGAAUUGCAUUUUUGAAAGCGACUUUUCACAAUUGACAGUGACUAUGUAACCCUUUACCAGGCUGACAGUUCAAAAAUGACAAUCGCAUGUCAGUCUUACUGAUCAAAUAUAGAAAUUUGAAGUGCCCUAUGUGGGAAAUAUAUAUCCCAUGGCCUGGUAAAAGGUUAAUGAAACGCGUGCGACAAAGAUAAGUAAUAUUAAGUCGUGCGACAUGUUAUAUAGGUAUGCUCCUGUUUAGCUGUACGUGUAUUUAUAUUCUUUUUUUUAUGUUGUCUUUAAGUAGUAGGCGUAGUAGCGUAUUUAAAAAUGCAAUUUCGUCUACUAAAUAUACCAAAUGUAAGAGCUAACUAUAUUUAACGCGGCUGGGACCAUUUAGUCGGUUUUAGUUGUUCUACUUAUAUGUGACGUUUUCAACCAAAAGGUGCCACAUUUUCGGUUGUUGAUAAGGUUGAUUUUAAAGUUGAAGCUAUAUGGAAAUAGCGCCUUAUUGACAACCGACAAUAAGUACCCUUUUAUUUGAAAAUAGCACAUAAGUAGGGUCUACAAUAGAAGUUAUAUUAACGUCCAGCAGAUUGAUUACGCAUAGGUACACUUAACCCUUUACAAGGCUGACAUUUCAAAAUUGACAAUCGAGAAUAGAACACAUGUUUGAAGUGCCGUAUGUGGGAAAUAUAUAUCCCUUAGCAUGGUAAAGGGUUAAAUAGUCGUAAACUGUUAAAACAAAUGCCUCUGAAAUGUUAUACAUAUAAUAUCGUUGAAAUACUUCUAUUGUGGUCCUGUCAGAUUUGCUCCUAGACUAGUGUUAUAAUUAUAAUUUCCAAAUAAUACGUAAAUUUGUAUAAAGAAUAGGCGACUUUUACGUGGUAUCAUAAGGUUAGUAAAACUAGUAUUUUCUCCAUUAUCCACAUUUUUGAAUUCUGUUCGGUAUACAUAUAGUCCAUAUAUAACAUUUUUAAUUAACCGUUUGAACGCCACACCUAUCGUGCGCAGCGCGACAUCGUGAUACUUGUCGGAAUGCACGAAGCGAAGUUUGAUAUUGGCCUGUAACCGCGCGCAUCAGAGGGCCUACCGCGAACCACGUUCGUCGUGUUGCCUCCCUGUCACACUUACGUACGAACAAGUGUGACAGAGAGGCAACACGUGGAACGUGGUUCGCGGUAGGCCGUCAGUUGACGUCUUUAGCGAUCAAAAAGUUAAUGGUUUUUUUAAGAGCUAAAUAUCCUUUAAUUGUAUUCAUCAAUACAAAAUUAUUUACGGUUUUAAUUAAGCCUUAUUAAGGAAGAGGGAAUAUAUUUCCCACAUAAUUUUGGACUUUUAAAGUGGCAGGGUUCAAUUUUGCAUAAUUUCUGACACCCUUAUGCCUUAGAUUGGAUGGUUUAUUUUAUGAAAGACAGUUAAUUAUAUAUUAUUUAAAGGGUUAAAAGACGUUUAGCUCAAAAAGCGAUAAUGAUACCACGAUAAACGUAGCCUUAAUAAAACAACACAGUAUUGUAAGUGUGCGAAAUGAGAUUAAUUUAUUAUAUUUUAAUACUAUCUCUACUAUUGAUAUUACAUUUUGAUAACCACUCGACUAUAACAUGAAAAUUUAUAUGUACUUAUAUAUUUACCUAUACUAUACAUAGAAAGUUAAAAAAAUGACCAGAGGGUCGAAAAAAAUAUCGAACUCACUAUAACCAAAGAGUUAUUCAUUGUAGAAAAGGGGAAAGUCUAAUAAGAACAAUAAUGGCUCGAGUUUGACAGCAAGCCUAGGUGGCGCUAUAUAUCUUGUGGUAACUGAAUUGCCGAAUGUCGACUUUUGACAGAGUUAGCAUAAUGUAAAUGUAUAGAGCCUUACAGCGACGUUUACUGUCAAAGUUUUCGUAGCGCUACGCUCGUAGCCGAUCCCAGUGUUUUCCCGCUUUGUAGAGGAAAGCGACUUCGAACAGAGAACCCGCCGAGUUUCCGGCACUCGAAUGUGUUAAAUGUCACAUUCGAAGUAAGUUUAUUUCUAAGAUAUCACACAUUGUACUUGUACAAUUGGGUUAUUUGCGGAUGGUCUAGAACGCAAAAUGACUAGUGUAAUAUUUUGUCUAUAUCGCAAUUAGUCUACAUCGCAAACGAUCUAGAACGCAAAAUGCCCACAUUAUUUUUUCCGUUUUAUCUUAACUUUAUAGCGAUGUCGACGGAGCCCCGCUACCGCUAUUCUGUGCUGUUUGGCCUUCGGCCAUUUGAAGAUACCUAACGAACCUAACCUACCUAUGUAAAAAUGUGGUGAUAUAAAAAGUGGGCAUUUUGCGUUAUAGACCGUUUGCGAUGUAGACUAAUUGCGAUACAGACAAAAUAUUACACCCUUCCACACAUCGAUUGAAACCACUUUUCUACCCUACCCACAUAUGUAUUACCUAACCCUUUGCCUAUUUACUUAUGAUUGUUUUAAUGUAAUAAAUUUUUGUUAUAUGAAAAAUAUUACACUAGUCAUUUUGCGUCCUAGACCGUCCGCGAUUGACCCGUACAAUUGAUGAUAUUUUUUGCUAUAACAGUGAGAUCUAAAAUAAUAUCACUACUUAUACCUACUCACUUUACAUCCUGUGUUAAAUUUUUUGAUGAAUCUUGCUUUGAACUAUUUACGUUCGAAACAUACUAUUCAUACAUAUUAGUAUUAGAUGUUGUACCUAUUUAUACAUAUACAUAUGUACAGUCAAAUUUUUGUCUAAAAUUGAUAAAAUUUUCUACUAUUGUUUUAAGUAAUUUGUAGAUAUUGUAUCAAAAUUGCAUGGAACGAUAUUUUCGUGUAUUUUUAUACAGUAUGUGUCUGACCAUGGGGCUUUAAUUCCAGGGCUUGAUUUUGCUCGCUAAACUGAGCUACUUUUACUAUGGGACCAACCCUAAAAUCGGGGAUUUUUUUGGCUUUUCCAUAGAAAACGUCGACAUCUGAUCAGCCAAAAUAUAUGAAAAAAGUAAAAAAAAAAAUCGGGAUUUCAGGGUUGGUGCCAUAAUAACAGUAGCUCAGUUUAGCGAGUAGAAUCGAGCCCUGGAUUUAAAGCCCGAUGCGAUGGUCAGUAACACCCUGUAUGUUUUGGCAAUGAUCACGAACAAAAAACAUUGUUUAUUUCAUUUGAAUUAGAAUUUACAUUUUUAUUUUCAUUUGAACUUUUAAGAGCAUUUUAGUUUACAUGAGUAACAUUGUCUAUUUAUUUUUAAUUUGAUAUUUAAACUGCAAACCUAAUUCAAGACCAAAAAAAGUAAGAAAUGUUGCCACUUUUUUACUAGCGCGUCUUGUAUUUAUGUAAAAAUAAGUAAAUAAAAGUACUUUUUUCAAUCGUAGGAGUAAAAUUACUAAUAAAUAAAUUAUCUUAGCGUGAUUAUUUUAAGGAAUUUACUAAUUUACAAACAAAUUAUUGCAGUGGCAACAUUGUCUUACUUUUUUGGUCUUGAAUUACGUUUUGCAGUAUACAGCAUUAUUUUUCUUGGGUAUAACUGUAUAUAAAAUAAUUAGGUAAUUAUACUAAUUAUGGAAAACAAGCAGAUACGUUUGAGAGCUUGUUUUUUGUUUCUUAUUAUUUACAACAUACAAUAAAUUAAAGUACGGUCACAAAAGAUGUCGCAUAUCGGCACUACAUUGCAAAAAAACUUGUGACCAUCACAAAUACAGAUAUGUAGUUUUAGUUAGAAUCCCUUUAGUUCCACGGACGCGAUAUCGGGUCAGCAAUGACAGACAAAAUUCAACUCUAAAAUUAAAACCUUAAGGUCGUUUUUUCGCUGGCAGUUUCUGGAACUCGAGGGAUUGGUGUGUCCGAGUUGUUAAAAUUUAGAAAUUCACAAAAUAUUGGUUUGACCCUGAUCCUGUAGAUCAGCGGUCGGCAAGCUUUUAGCAGCCAAGGGCCACAUAAAAGUUAACGAAGAUGACGCGGGCCGCACUUUGGUAAUAUUUGUGACUUUAGCAAGCAUUGUCAUUCUUCAGUAUUACAUACAAAAUAUCCAGGGAGGCUCGCGGGCCGCAAGCGAGAGGU